ACAUGCAGUGGACAGAAACUACCUUGUCCGGUUAUGACUGAACCGCUGCAAAAACCCCUGAGUCCUCUGGGACACAUUGAGCUCUGGAAGUGCUCCAGACAGACCUGCAGCGGAAACCUGCUCAGUCUGGAGUCGUGAAGAAUGGCGGCGUUUUUACUGAGAGGACGUUUCUUCAAACCCAGAACUGACAUAAAGAGAGCCAUGACAGCUGUCCAGUCGUACUGCUCGUCGAUGGCCUUGGGCAGGCAGCGUGUUAAUGGAGUGGAUCUGUUCUACGAGCAGACAGGCAGCGGGAAACACCCUUUGCUGUUGCUUCCUGGCGCUCUGGGGUGCACUCGGACUGAUUUUGGACCCCAACUGAAGUCUCUGAAUAAGGAGCGCUUCACUGUGGUGGGAUGGGAUCCCCGUGGUUACGGAAAGUCACGCCCCCCAGACAGAGACUUCCCACCUGACUUCUUUGAGAGGGAUGCACAGGACGCAGUGGAUCUGAUGAAGGCACUGGGCUUUGACAAGUUCUCUCUCCUGGGGUGGAGUGACGGAGGAAUCACCGCCAUGAUGGCCGCAGCUAAGAACCCCGACCUGAUCAGCAGGAUGGUUGUAUGGGGAUCCAACGCCUUCGUUUCCCAGCAGGACCUGGAACUCUACGAGGCGGUCCGUGACGUCUCCAGGUGGAGUGCGAGGAUGAGGCAGCCCAUGGAGGAGGUGUACGGAGCAGAAGUCUUCGCGAAAACCUGGAAGGCCUGGGUGGAUGGGAUCGCACAGUAUGCAAAAAGACCCGAAGGGAGUAUCUGCAUGGAACUUCUGCCCCUGAUCAGCUGCCCCACCCUCAUCAUUCAUGGAGAGAAAGACCCCAUGGUGCCCAACUUCCACCCACAAUACCUUCUCAAACACAUCAAGGGAUCACAAUUACACCUGAUGCCAGAGGGUAAACACAAUCUCCACCUGAGGUACGCUGAUGAAUUCAACAAGCUGGUGGAAGACUUUCUGGAAGACUGAUCCAUUAGUUAACACUGUGAAAUAACCACUGACCAUUUUCUCGAGAAAAAACAGAAUUGCGUAUAUAUCAUUGCAUAUAUUUAAAUUAAAAUAUUGAUUUUGUUACUGAUUAUUUAAUUUUUACUUGGUUUUCAUGAUGCAUUAAUUGUAAAAAUGUUUCAUAUUUUAAUUUAACAUUUCUGUAAUUACAUUUUUUGUGAAUCAAGUAGGUGAGUUAUUUCCCACAUUGGGUAAUCGGUAAAAAAAAGAGUGUAGUUGUAGCUAAUGUAAAGCUAUGUCAUUUAGAAAAAAAAAGGCUGUAACAUUAGCUGCUAGCUUUUACCUUUACAAAGAUUUUGUCAAAAUAAAGUAAAAUGUCUGCA